AUGCACGAGAGCUCUCGAGCCGUCCUUAGACGCGGGCGACGCCGCCUGCGCCUGCGCAAGAGUUGUCAUUCCAGUUGUCUUCCAGGCCCCGCCUUCUCCCUCCCCCCUGCUCGUCGUCGUCCUUCUCUCCGAGCCUGCGCGUAGCGGGCUUUUUCCCCGUCCCCUCGGCGUCUUGGCCUCCCCACCAUUUUGUGCUGUGAUCGCAAGGUUAGCUGCUUGAUUGUGCCGUAUUCUCCCGUGCGUUCGGGCUUAAGAAGGAACACCGAAGGGGCCUUGAUGGCGGAGAGUCAAUCAGCGGCCGGCCUGGGGGACUUCACAUCCCUUGGUGGGGCCGCGGCUCUCGGCUCAGAACCCGAAACCCGGCGGCUGAGCGAGCUGCGAGUCAUCGACCUGCGGGCCGAGCUCAAACGCCGUAACCUAGACAGCGGCGGCAACAAGAGCGUUCUCAUGGAGCGGCUGAGGAAGGCCAUUGAGGAUGAAGGAGGAGAUCCUGAUGAAAUUGCUGUGGCCUCAGAACUGACCAACAAGAGAAUGCCAAAGAGAACUAGCAAAGGAAAAAAAACAGAAGAAGAAGGUGUUGAAGACAAUGGACUGGAAGAAAACUCUAGAGAUGGGCAGGAGGAUAUCGAAGCAAGUCUGGAUACCUUACAAGAUAUUGACAUGAUGGAUAUUAGUGUGUUAGAUGAAGCUGAAAUAGAUAACGGCAGUGCUGUAGACUGUGGAGAAGACUAUAGUCCUGAUAAUAUUCUUGAUUCUCUGUCUGAUAAUAAAGACAAUGUCGAAACAGAAAUGAAAGAACUUCCGGAUCAGCUAACAGAAAAUGAGGAAGAUUAUGAUGAAAUUGAAAACAAUUUAGAUGCCUCUUCUUCUGAUUUAAUUGAAAUGAAGAAAAUGGAGAAGCUACACUUGGAGCCAGAAAAUGAGAAAAUACUCGACAUUUUGGGGGAAACUUGUAAAUCUGAACUACUUAACGAAGACACUUCCGAAGCGGAGCGGCCACAUGCACAGGAAGCAAGUAACGUGGUGCCAGGCAAGAGGCUAGCAGAGGAAGAGGACGCUCUUGCUGCCGCUCAGUUGGAGGAAGAUGCUUUAGAUUUGGACAGCAAAUCGGCACAAGCUAUGGCAAGGAAGGAAGCAAAGCGUUUAGUUGUAGCAAAAGGGGAGACAAGUGCACAGACAAUAGAGGAAGAGAAACCGGACUCUGAAUCUUUAGUAGUAGAGACCCUAAGCGAUCAGAGUAGCAAACGCUCCCAAGGCCUGGAAGCCUCUAGUGGGGAAACAGCGGAAAAAGGCGCAGGUCCCGAAGCCAAAGAUAGCAAAGAAGAUGCCAAGAAAACAGAAGACAAAGCUAAUUCUGAGGAAUCCCCUGCUACUAAAGAGUCCUCAACCAGUGAGGGCGGUGAUCAGAAAAAGAGCCCUGUUGAGGAGGACAGAGAUACAAAGAUAAUCUCAAAGGAUGAGAAAGGUCGCACUGCUAGCGGUUCUGGUAGAAACUUUUGGGUGAGUGGACUGGCUUCCACUACCAGAGCUACAGAUUUGAAGAAUCUGUUUAGCAAAUAUGGGAAGGUGGUAGGUGCAAAAGUGGUCACCAAUGCUCGCAGUCCUGGUGCUCGCUGUUACGGCUUUGUUACGAUGUCUACAGCCGAGGAAGCAACAAUGUGUAUUACUCAUCUCCACAAAACAGAGUUACAUGGGAAAAUAAUUUCUGUAGAAAAAGCAAAAAAUGAACCUGCUGGGAAGAAGCCAAGUGAAAAAAAAGAGAAUGAAGCAAAGAAAGAAACAGUCAGUGAGAGACCUGGCAGUGUUAAAAGGGAUGAGAAGUCUGACCAAAAAGAUGAUCCUAAAAAGACAGAAGACAAAGAUGAAAAGGAAAAAAAAGAUAAAGAUGAACUGAAGUCUGGUUCAUCAGAUCAACCUAAAACUAUUAAGUCGGGAAGUAAAGGAACAGAGAGAACAGUAGUAAUGGAUAAAUCCAAAGGAGAACCUGUUAUUAGUGUGAAAACAUCAACUGCAUCAAAAGACAGAAGCAUUAAGAGCCAGGAUCGCAAAUCAGAGAGCAGAGAGAGACAAGGCAUUGUGCCAUUUGACAAAAUUAAAGCACAACGAAAAAUGAGGGAGGCAGAGCAGCGCCGCACACGUGAGCGUCGGGAGAGACAGCAGCACCUGCAGACUAUCCGGGAACGAGAAGAAAGGGAGAGGCUUGAGAUUGCUCGUGAGAGACUGGAAAUUGAAAGGCAGCGUCUUGAACGAGAACGGAUGGAAAGAGAAAGACUGGAAAGAGAACGAAUGCACAUAGAACACGAAAGGAGAAGAGAACAAGAUCGCAUUCAGCGAGAAAGAGAAGAGCUGCGACGCCAGCAUGAGCAGCUGCGCUAUGAACAAGAACGUCGGUCUGCAAUGAGAAGACCAUAUGACAUAGAUGGCAGGAGAGAUGAUCCGUACUGGCCAGAGGCAAAACGAAUGGCAAUGAAUGAUAGGUACCAUUCAGAUUUCGGUCGCCAGGAUCGCUUCCAUGACUUUGAUCACAGGGAUCGUGGCCGUUAUCAAGACCAUUCAAUAGACCGGAGAGAUGGAUCAAGGACAAUGAUGGGAGAUCGGGAUGGACAACAUUAUCCAGAUGAGCGCCAUGGAGGACCAGACCGUCAUUCACGAGACUCUCGGGAAAGUUGGGGUAGCUAUGGAUCUGACAGAAGAAUGAGUGAAAGUAGAGGGAUACCCCCACAGUCACGGGAUGGACGUGACUGGGGAGAUCACGGUCGAAAGUUUGAAGGACAUCAAGAUCGUUCAUGGCAGAGCAGUGUGGAUGGAGGAAUGAUAGGACGAGAUCAUGAGAGAUGGCAAGGUGGAGGUAGAGGCAGACCUGGCCAUGUGAUGCAUCGGGGCGGCAUGUCAGGGCGUGGAGGUUUCAUGCAAGGUGGCAACCAAAGUCAGAUGAUGCAUGGAGGAGGAAUGCAAGGAGAAGGAUUUGCUGGCCAGGAGAGAGCAAACAGACCUAAUGAUCCUCGUUUCAACCGUCGCUACUGAAUGUGUUUUAAUUUUUAAUGCAAGGUGGCAACUGAAAUGAAUCUGUUACCCAGGGUUACCAUUAAUUGUAACUUAUGGGCUACUGUAAGUGUAAUUUUUUUUUUUAAGCUGCUGCCAUAUUAUGUCACUCAAUCCAAUGUGAACUCAUUUGUUUUGUAAUGUGUUGUUCAUAUCCCAUUUAAAAUGUUUGUUAAUGAAGCAUUCCAUUUUCCAUAAAUAAAAGCCAGUUUACAGUUAA